CACAACCCCAAUGUGAUUUCGAAGAUCCAUACCUUUUUUACUUUGUACAAGAUGAUUCGGAUGAUUUUGAUUGGAUAAGAUUAUCUGGAUCAACACCCUCUUUUGGUACUGGUCCUGAGUAUGACCACACAUACGGAACAUUACAAGGUUUCUAUAUAUACAUCGAAACUUCAUUUCCGAGAAAAUAUAACCAAACUGCUCGCAUUUGGACACCGUCAUAUCCUGCAACGAACGGUACAUGCGUGGAGUGGUUUUACCACAUGUACGGGACCACAGUGAACACAUUGAAUGUGUAUAUAGUCAAUACAAAUGGUACUGUUGGUACACCUGUGUGGACAAAAAGAGACGACCAAGGAGAUUUUUGGCAACUCGGACAAAUCUCAAUUGAAACAAGCAGUACCUACCAGAUAGUGUUUGAAGGAAUUGUAGGACGUAGUUAUUCAAGCGAUAUUGCUUUAGAUGACUUCAGGAUCACCUAUGGAACAUGUUUGAGAAAUGGAACUAUAAAAUACCAAAGUUACACUUAAUUGGUUUAUUCAUUUUAUAUUCCGGUAACUAUAAAAUACCAAAGUAGAAGCUAGUUUACGUUCAGAUACACGCAUGCCAUAGCUGGAAAAAAUAUUAUU